UGGUUAUUUUCGUGGUUACGAGCAGAAUCUGUGUUACUGAAUACCUCCAAUAACGGGACAUAAUUGCAACGGUACAAACAUGGCCUCCGAGUCGGGCUUCAGACAUAGAGAUUAUCAAAAUGUCUUUCGUGUGACCGACGUAAAAGAAAGAAAGAAAUUGUUGGGUAAAGUUCUACAAAUUCCAGAAUUGAACGAAGAAGGUGAUUGGAGGCCUGGGAUACUACUUAGCAGAUAUUCACUUUAUUUGUAAACAGUGGAUUGGCGACUCUACUGUGGGAGAUAUUUCAAAAUUUAUGAAACGAAGUACAAGGUGAGCUAUUACCCUGAUUGGAUGUAGAUCAAGAUACAUACAUACUCACAUUUCUUGAAAGGAACCAUUAAGAAGAUACAUAUACCCAUGUAAUCAAUACAAGUUUCAUUUAACAUUUAUGCUAACUUUCAACUCGUCCAUCGAUGAGUGUUGUCGCUGCUGGUGUUAUGUGCUACCUAACUAUGGAUAAAAGGCUGGUUGAGGUAUUAAAAUCCAUUGCCUUAGCCACAUAUCAGCCUUUCCUUUUUUGAUCGUGAUUGACUUUGUGUACAGUUAUCCCACACUGUCCAAAAUCAUUCACUGUUUAGUAGAGUCUUUGACAUGUACAAAAUUUAACAAACAAAAUUCAGGACUCCUCGUACACAGAACAAAUGGUUUGGGUCCUAUGCAAGAAAAAUGUAACCAAAAUCUCAUGGCCGAAAGUGAAAGAUCUGGAUCGGCAAAAUAAGAGAUUCAAUCUAAAGAACUGGACUUGAAGGUAGUCAGUUUCUUAAAUUUUUAUACUGACCUAAAUUUAGUCUUUGUUGAGUCAUUUGUGCAUUUCAUUUGGAGCAAUAUUGGACAAAAAUCUCUCUUUUUAUUCCAAGACUUAUGCAAAAGUCACUGAUUGGCCAAAACCUUCUUGUAUAUUUUUCCAGAAAGUGAAAUCUCAUGACUGGUAUUGUGUUGCACUACAGUUUGUCUUUUUGCUGUUGAAUGACAAUAAGGUGCUUUUCUUUUUGAUGAGAUGUUAUUUAACCCUUAAACUGACUCUCAGAUCAAAUUUGUAAUUCUCCUUUCUGUCAGCCAUGCAAUUCUUAUCAUGUUAACUCAGAUAAUUUAGUAUUGAAUCAACUAAUUAUUCCCAAAUUGAUAUUUUUCUUAAUUGUCUUCACUUACCUGGUUGAUAUUGUAUUCAUAUUGUAAGGAGAAAUUCUGUCUUGGUCACUCAUGGGAGUUAAAGGGUUAAAGAGACAUAAGCUGUAGAAAUUGAUUACAAUUAGUCAACCAGAGCUUUUAAGUCCAUUUGCUGGCAAAGAGUGAGAUCUUAUGGGCAUCAAUUAUCAAGGGUGGGAUGGGGAAGAGGGUAUAGGGGCAUGUUCCAACAGAAAAUUGUGAAAAAAAUGAAAUAGCUGAGAUGUGCAUUCCUUUAAUCUGAGAGAAAAUUCUGCAGCUAAAAAGUGUGUGACAUGAGUGCAUAAGAAACAACUGAAGGAGUAAAUUAUAUUUGAAAGGAUAAUUAAUUAAUUGUAGGUACUUAAUGAAAGUACCUACGAGAAUUUGCGAUAACAGUUUGCUAUCGCAAAUUCAAUCAAAUUAAUAUGAAUCCUUAAAGGGGUGAGAAAUACUGGCUUUAGCUUGAGAGUGUAAGAUUGAAUUUGUUUGUGUGAGUCUCUUGCUCAAUGCAUGAGACUUGAGAGCUUUGAAUCAACUCAACACAUUUUGUUCAACUCAACAGCAAUUUUUUCUGUUGUUUCUUUUAUUUACCCAGUAAUUUACAAGGAAUUCUUCAAUUCAUGCCAUUUAUUUAUUAAUGCUACUGUAAAUUUUUUAGUGGGUAGGGAGGUUCAUUGUAAAAGGAAAUGACAGAAUGGGGGCUGGAAGAAUAAAAUAACAUUUCAAUAUUCCAAAAAGAAAAACAUUUCCAAACUUGAAUGUGUCUGUACUAUCUUUAGAAUAAUGUUCACCAACCAAGUGUCAAGCAUGAAAGCAAAAUCAAAAAUUGGAAUUUAAUACAAUUAAAAUAGAGAAACUUUAUUUUCAAGGGGUUUAAGAACAAAGAGACAAUUGUAAUGCUGUAAUCAAUGCUGUCUCCACUUCCUUUGGUGUAAACUUCACCAAAAACUUUUUUUUUGACAAGGAAAACCCCUUGAGGAGGCUAUAACACUGUUUUAAAAAACAGCUCAACAGAAUCGCCCAUUAGUCUCCUGCAAAAACAACCUCAAGUCUUUAAAGCCAUCCAGAAGUACUGGUUAUUAACCCUUUAACUCCCAGAUCAAAUUGGUAAUUCUCCUUAAUCUCAACCAUACAGUUCUUAUAAUGUUAGUUCAGAGAAUUUAGUAUUGGAUCAAAAAAUUAUCCCCAAAUUGAUAUUUUUCUUUAUUCUCAUCACUUAUCUGAUUGACAUUGUAUUGAUAUUGUAAGGAGAAAUUCUGUCUUGGUCACUCAUGGGAGUUAAAGAAGAUGCAUUUUCCUCUAAUGUUUUGUAAAAUGUUCCUCUUUAUUGGAGCAAUUAGUGCUACAAAAGAAAAGAUAGUUAAGCACAUCUAUUUCAUCAUGAAAUGGGUGAUCAUUAUACAGUUGAACCUGUAUUAAGCUGCACCAUAUUAAACAGUUACCCUGUAAUAAAGCAGUCACUUCUCAGUUUUUCUCUCCUUUAUUACUGUAAUUUUCACCUCUAUUAAGUGGUCAUGGUCAUCCUUGAUUGAGUCCCAGCUUCCUGUUUUUAUUGUUUUCUACUUGCAUGUGUUGAACAAUCACUUAAGCAGAACCUCUCAAAUAAAACUAGGAAUAGUACUUUGAGUUAAAAGGUGCUCAACAUAUUGCAAAUUAUCUAAUUCUGUUGGGACAAAUAUCAUGCACAAACAUUACACAAGUCAAUUAAAAUUUGAUUGAAGGGUUAAGGGGGCUAUACAGAAAUCUUUCUGUUGUCGUCAGUUAUCAUUACUUGACCAUUUGAUAUUGUUAUAAAGUCAUGAGGAAAAAUGUUUUAACACUUUGAACUUUUCACUCUCAAGAUCUCAUUAAUAAUUCUCCUUACUGUCUGCAGUACAAUUCUUAUGAUGUGAGUUUGGAGAAUUUGGUUUUGGAUCAACUAAUAAUCUGCUAAUUUAUAUUUUUCUUUAUUCUCAUCACUUGUCUGUUUUAUAUUGUAUUGAUAUUGUAAGGAGAAAUUCUGUCUUGGUCUUCACAGGUGAAAUCCUAAGAGUAACCAGCAUCUAAUUUCUCCUUACAGUAAUACUGCUGAAUCAAUCAUAAAGAUCAUGAGAAUAAAGGAAAUGAUCACCAACCUAAGAAGCUUUGAUUGUUAAACAAAUUCUCCUUGUCAGCACCUUAGGAAAUGUAUAGAGAGUUGUAUGGAGAAUAUACUUACUGAUGUAAUGGUGUGAAGGGUGAACAAUCUCUCUUUGUGGUCAGCAGUUGAGAUGCUAUGAUUUUCUUAGAGCAAGAGCAUCUAAAGUAUUUCUGAACAAUAAUUUUUGAUAAUUGCAGGGUUUCUUUCAUCUACGGCCUAAUGAUAAAUUUAAUUGUUAACUUGAUAAGGGAAAGUUGGUUUUCUUUAUUCUUAUCAUUUUUUAAACGUUAUUUAUUAUUGCCAGUCAACAGUGACAUGUGUAGGCUGUGUUUCCAAGGACCUGAUGAAGAAAUUUUUGGAAAAUUCUUAAAGGAUAUAAAUACUGGUUUUUCAGUUCACCAGUACUGUAUGGUAAGGAAUGAUUCCUUUACAAAUUUAAAAUUUUUUUGCAUGUAGUUCAGCCCUCUGUCCCUUUUAAUCUCCUUAACCUCUAAGAGUGACUAGAAUCUAAGUUCUCCUUACAUUAUCAUCCCUGAAUCACUCAUCAAGGUCAUGAGAAUAAAAGAAAUGAUCACCAACUUAGGAAGCUCUUGAUUGUUAUGCAAGUUCUCCCUGUCAGCACCUAAGGAAAUGUAUAGAGAACAGUUUGGAGAAUAUGCAUACUGAUUAAUGUCAGUGUGUAAUGGUUUAAAAGGCAGUUGUGCCUCAGUAACACUUAGGAUGUUGGGAACAUGGGAAUAGUUUGUAAAUCACUCACCUCCAGCCAGUAAUAAACAAACUUUUCUAGGCAUGUGCUAUCACACUGGUAAACUGAUAGAAAGCCCUGUCUAUUGCAUAAUGAAUUGUUUCCUGUGCAGUUUCUUUCCUCAGGACUGGCUCAGAGAGGAAAAGAUGAUGAAGAAUUUGAUGGAUUUUUAAUCAAGGACAUAAAGAAGGAAAUAUCAAGGGCAAAGAGACUGGUUAGUGGCUUAGAUGAAAUUUUAAAUAUGCCUUUAAGCCUGGAUCUCACUUAUGACAGAGUUGGGGUUGGAUUGGUUAUCAGAACCACACAAGCAUACAAUCUAGAGAAAAUCAAACCAAUAGAAUCAGAAAAAAUAUAUAGAUGCUGCUUACGGUACAACUUUGUUGCCUAAAAUGUAGUGAAAACUGGAUUGUUGGAGUGGUGAGUAGAAGACUGUUUUUGGCAGGAUGGAAAACUGGAUUUCAAUUGAAUGUCUUUUUCACUUCUGCUUGUAACUCCCAUGAUGUAGUUUUCCCUGAAUCAUAGGAGUCAGAGACAAGUGAAAUUGGAAGAAAAUGAUAUGAUGUAGUAAAAAUUGAAAAUCGCAAUUGUAAGCAGAGUUAUAAACUGAACAGAAUUAAAAUCAGAAGAGGUAGGGCAGUUUCAUUUUCUUCUGAUUUGGCUUAACCCUUUCACUCCCAAGAUCUAAUUAGUAAUUCUCCUUACUAUCUUCCAUACAAUUCUUAUGAUGUUAGUUCAGAGAAUUUGGUAUUAGAUCAACUAAUAAUCCCAUGAUUGACAUUCUUCUCUAUUCUCAUCACCUGCCUGCUUGAUAUUGUAUUGAUAUUGUAAGGAGAAAUUCUGUCUUGGUCACUUGUGGGAGUGAAAGGGUUAAGACUCUGAUGCUUAUGAUUCAGUGAAAACCCUCUUACAGUUCAAACUAUGACUUGGAUUCCAAUUCUGUCGCCUGCAAAAACCAGCCUUUAGAAAUCCAAAAUGCUAAAAACAGUCCUGGUCACUUAUUUGUCAGAUACAGACACUCAAGUCUCCAUCUUAGGCCACUAAACUUUCUUGUCAAUAGCCUUGAUGUUCAAUAGAAGAUACAGAAUAACACACAUCUAAUGAUUAAUUUUUUGUAGUUUCUCUCAUAAUGCAGUUGUUUGACCCUUUAACUUCGUAAAGUGAUCAAGAUAGAACUUCUCCUUACAAUAUCAAUAAAAUAUCAAGAAGAGAAGUGAUGAGAAUAAUGAAAAACAUCAAUUAGGAGAUUAUUGGUUGAUUCAAAACCAUUUUUUUCAAACUCAAAUGAUAACAAUUGUAAGGAGUGAAUUUAUGAAUUUUUGAUUGUUUAAGUGAAAGGGGUGUGCAAUGUUUUUCAGCUGCUCACUGAACUUAUUUCCAUCUGUCACUGGUGCAGCUGAAGUAUUUGAUUUGAGCCUGUACCUGUGAGAUUGACCACUGACCGGAAGAGCCUGCUGAGCUGCUUGUGAUGAAUUAUCUUAUAUUUUCCAAGAACUAUAUUAAUUGUCUUUAUGGUAUUGUUUAGUUUGGCUCAUUUCUUUGCAGAGAUGCAGUUUCUGCAGGAAGCUGGGUGCCUCUAUUGGCUGUUGUGAGGGAGGAUGUCGUGAAACUUUCCACUAUAAAUGUGGAAAAGAGAACGGAGCUCUGUUUCAGUUUUUUGAUACCUUCAAGUGAGUUUAUUUUCAGUUGUAAUAAUGUUCUCUUGCUUUGCACUAGGGCCAUAAAUCCAAGCAGAAAAUACCCAUUCCAUGACUUACAAUACAGAAUUUUAAUUGGGUUAGUAAAAGGUUUUUAACCCUUAAACUCCUAGAAGUGAUUAACAAGUAACUUCUCUCUACAAUAUCCUUUUACUAUCCACCAAACAGGUAAUGAGAAUACUCAAAUGUAUCAGGUUGAAGUUGUUCUCUUGAUCUAACACAAAAUUCUUGUAACUUAUUCACAUGGAAAUAGAGGAGAGCAGAGAGAAUUAACAAUCAGAUCUUGGGAGUUAAAGGGUUAAACAUGUAAUUGUUGCUUGUGAUUUCAGUAAAAUAGCUUAACUUUUUGAAAGAAACUCUGCAUCAGAAAGGCCAAAAUUUGAUGAACACUGUCAGUGGCAUUUAAUGGAUAUGUUAAUGAUAUUAAUAAUGACUGUCUUGAAAGGUUGCCUCAUCCAUAGGAGAUUUUUAGGCUAGUCCUGUCUGAAAAAUCUAGGACUUGAAAAAAAAAAGUGAAAAACAACUUAAGACUUUUAAGAAUAACUACACCAAGGUUAACCCUUUUAACUCCCAAGAUCAAAUUAUUAAUUCUCCCCUCAAGCUGCUACACAUUUCCUUGUAAAUUAGUAAAGAGAACAUGGUGGUAGAUCAAGAUAACAAAUUCUACCUGAUAAGUUUGAAUAUUCUCAUUACCUGUUUGCUGGAUAAUGUAAGGAUAUUAUUGGGAGAAGUUUCAUGUUGAUCACUUCUGGGAGUUAAAAGGUUAAUAAAACAGAGCUACCAAAAAACUGCAAAGUCUCAGUUUUCUGACUUAAAUUACACUAAAAUUCUUAAGAUAGCAUUUUUGAGAUGGCAAAUAGUUUCACUGGUCCUGAUUAUUAAUGGAAUCUUGUUCCAUUCAGUAAAUAACAAAUUAAAUGAGUGUGACUGGCCCUUACUGCCAGAAGAUCUAACACGAUUUGUUUGAUAACAGUGGACUAAGGAGCCAGAACUGAAAAGAUAAUUUUGAUGAUUGUUGUGAAUGUUGAUUACUAAAUGUAGCAUCAAUAAUAAUAUUUACCAUAUUUUGUCCCUUUGUGUUACACCACAGUUCUUUUUGUCGGCAUCAUCGCCCAACCCAGGAUGUGGCAUUAAAAAGAAACCAAACCUUUCCAAUCUGUUUGUGUGAAAUAGAACAGAAGAAUAAGUCACCUGUUUAUGAUAUUCCUCUUGUCACACCUUGCUGUAGAAGGACGUGGUUUCACAACAAAUGUCUUCAG